UGGUUCAUUCUCCUCACUAGUGAGUUCUUUUUUAUUUAUUUAUUUUAUUUAUGUAUUUUUACCCAUUCGGAAUUUUCUUCUGACUUUAGAGACGUCGAAGAGGUUGUGAUGGGUGACAUUCGGCAGUCGCUGCUGCCUCGGGAUGUUCUGAGCGCUGCCAAGGAGCUGCUCUACCACCUGGACAUUUACAUCUGCAACAUGGUGCAGUCCGGCAGGCAGCCCCCUCAGGUGGACACCAAAACCCUGGAUCUUAUCGAGGAGUUCAUCCUGCACAAGCCCAAGGAUAGAAAUGCUCCAGUCAGGAGGAUGAGUGCCCUGCAGGAGCUUCAGCUCCUAGAGAUCAUGUGCAGCUGUUUUCAGGAGCAGAGUCGGGACACAGUGCGCCAGCUUAUGUUCUCUGCCCUCUUCAAUCUUCAAGGAAACCAGGCAGACGAAAGCCGGAUGGCGUUGCUGAGCAAACUGGUCUCUAUGGCCGUUGCUGUGGGCAGGGUUCCUAUACUCGAAUGUGCAGCUACCUGGUUACAGAGGACCCAUCGUGUGUACUGCGUCCGUCUGGCGCAGGUUCUGGUGGACGAUUACUGCAGCAUGUUGCCAGGAUCUGGACCCACCCUUCAGAAUAUCCACAGUGCCAGUCCCCGCUUCUGCUGCCAGUUCAUCACCGCCGUCACCACUCUUUAUGACCUCACCUCCGAGGAGCUCACGCCUCCAUUAGAACUCCUCCAGAUGAUCGUGUCCUGGAUCCAAGACGACCAUCGCCUGGUUCUGAUUACCUUCCUGAACUCCCCGCUGUCAGGCAGCCAGCCCCUCAGCUCUCUGGACGUAACGCCGCUCGGCGGGUUAAUCCGCUGGUGCGUCAAAGCUCCGCUGGCCUACAGACGGAACAGGAAGCUGGCCGUGAGCGAUGGAAGCUCGGACGGCGCGCCAGAUGCUGCGCGUCUCUUCUCUGCUCUCCAUCUAAGUGUUCUCCAGGUCUUCAUGCUCUUGCCUACCAUACUCAAUGAGAAGGGCCUCUUCGGUCGCCUCGUGCUGCUUCAGAUGGAGUCCGUGGCCGCUCUGACCUCCGACCUUUCUCGUCUGCUGGACCAGGCUGACAAACACACACAUGCAGCUACCGCCGACGCACACGCUGCGUCCCAGCUGGCCCUGGACAGGCUGGCCCAGGCUCUGCAGGUGGCGAUGGCCAGCGGAGCUCUGCUCUGCUCCAGAGAGGACCUGAGAGCCAUCUGUUCCCGCCUUCCUCACAACAAUCUGCUCCAGCUGGUGCUGUCCGGCCCGGUCAUGUACUACAACAACAUCCACACCCCUCCGCUGGCCUACAGCCCCCAUGCUGCUCAUUCGCCCAUCCCCGCACACGCCGCCAUCCCCACGCUGCCGGCACACACACCCCACACGCCUCUCGCCACCCACCCGGCCUCCCACGCUCAGUACCCCGCUCAGCCCUUCAUGUCAGGGAUGCCGUUCCCCUUCCGCCCUGGACACUGAAUAAAAAAAAAAA